AUGUUGGGGGCUCUGGAAAUAGCAGUUAGUCCUAAACAUGCAAAAGAUCAAGUCUCUUUUUUGUCGCGCUACACCUCCAAAACUGAAUUCUUAUCCUACCUGCUGCUCUACCUGGUGAAGAUGCCUUUCCCGCCUGUAACAAGACCGCGGAGUCUUCCCAGCUCGGGCAAAGAGAAACUUACAGGACCGUCGCCUAUCAUUCCGGUCAAAGCCGCGGAAGAGAAAAGUUCUGUGAAGGAACGGCUCAAGAAAUUGAGCAAGAAGGCCACACCGCACAAAAGCAAGCUACCUACCAGUCGAGCCCCUUCUGGCAUGAGGAUGGAGUGUAAAAGCACUUGGAUUACUACUUCACGACCCGCUGCUCCUCCAGGUUCCUCGACUCCAACUACUUCUGGCAAUAGUACCUCUACAACCAAUUUGGCAACAAGCUCCUCAGUGAAGUGUUCUAGCAAGAAGAUGUUUCCUGUCAGCGUUUCAUCAACAAACAUUCCCACAAACUCUUCAUCAGGAUCAGGCCAUGGACUGAAUAGUGAAUCUAACUUCUCUCUCAACUUGACUCCCGAGGCCACCUUGCUCCUGCAGAAACGUAGUCGUGAGAAGCAGCUCCGUGCCGUCCGUAGCACCGUAACAGCACCGCACCAGAAAGACCGUCUGUCUGUCAAGUUAAGUUCUCGAUCCCACAUCCCACUGAAGAUCUCUCUACUAAACGAUCGUCACCGGUAUGACGAUGUGGAAUACGAGGAAAAUGAGCAGAGUGUGGAUCAGAGCGUUCUUCUGAAAUGUUCUGAAUGGUUGCGAGGGGUGGAGAACGCUGCUGGAGCUACGACCCUGGGUAGAGUGGACAAAAUCAGCCAGAAGAGCAUCUAA